CGCCCACACCAUCAAGAUCCAUAAGGCGACCGUGGUGCCGUGGUGUGAUUCAGGCAAAUAGGCUGGGUUCUCGGGGCACCUUCAGAGGCAGCCCCAAGUUCUUCUUCGGGGCUGGAUCCGGUCAAUCAAUGCAAUAUUGUCGGGGGCGGUGCUGCGAGUUUGUGCCACAACCGCAGCCUUGCGGCUGGUGAUUUGCUACUUGUAAUUCCAUGGACCCUUUGUGCUUUUACUCAGUCAUGCUGGGUUAAAUCCAGACUCGUCUCACCUCAUCAUCCAGAGCAGUCGUCACUGACACCAUCACACGCGCCCUCCUUGAGUGUACCAAUUUCGCCCACAUUAUUUCUCAUAUCGGGGCUCUCGCUUGUUGUUUAGCAAACAGUGUGCAGAGUGAGGCGUGUUUACCCCGAUCAGCCAUGGCUCCAAAACCAGAUGAAGCCGACUUGACGGUCGGCAUUGACUUUGGCAUGACAUGCACAGGCGUGGCUGUCGCCAAAAAGCACCAAGAAAGCCCCCGCAUGAUCCAACAAUGGCCACUACCAGACCAAAAGUCCGGGACACACAACAAAGUACCGUCAACUCUGCUCUACGACCAUAAGCAUGAUGUACCAACAGCAUGGGGCUUCACCUGCAACAACCACGAAAAGACUGUGGAGUGGUUCAAGCGAUAUCUUGAUGAGAAGUAUCUCAAGAUCAUGAUCCGACGAGCCCGAGAAAAUGGCGAGGAGCCCGAGUUCGAAACCAUUGAACAAGUCCGGAAGUAUUACCGAGAUUACAUGGAGCGCCUCUACAAACACAUCAGCAGAAACCUCCAAAAGAACGAGGAGUGGAGGCACAAGAAGGUCGAGUUUGUCUUCAGUCUUCCGGCCACCUUUCAGUCCCUCGAAAUCAGCGAUGCUCUCAUGAAAGAAAUCAAAAAGGCCGGCUUCGGAACUGGAGGAAAGAAUCACAGCGUCUCAUGGGGUUUGUCAGAACCUCAGGCCGCGGCAGUAUACACCGCCAAGGACGGGGACAUCACCCUUCGGACUGGGGACGUCAUCUUGACCUGUGAUGCUGGCGGUGGUACCACUGAUUUUGCCUUGCUUGAGCAGUGCGGCACUGCCGAGAUUGCCGAGCUUAGAGAGCGCGCCAUUGUGCAGGGUAUCAACAUUGGCUCAACGAACAUCGAUUUAGCGUUCGCAAAGAUGGUCCAUGGCCGGUUGGCGCUGGCAAGGGCAGACACCAAUGCUGGCCGCUCUCACCUUGUCUUUCACAAGAAUGCUGAGGACACAAUGAUGCAUAGCGAAGAGUUUCAGACAUGGAAACAUGAAUUUGGCAACUUUUCAGAAGCUCAAUUUCGAACGCCGAGAAUAACAGUGCCCAUCAGAUCAGGGGGGACCUCAAGCACCUCGGCGAGGAUCACAGAUGGCAAGAUGAACUUCUCCUAUUCCGACUUCCAAGGUCUGUUUGAUCCUGAAGUGGAGGGCAUCAUCAACGCCAUACGUCAGAUGUUGGAGCAUGGUGCCAAGGCUGGUGUCCCACGCCCUGUGAGUCCCUGA